UCGCCAGCUGUUCUUUGUUUAUGGUCUAGAGAGAGAAACACUUGCAAAGCGAAAAAACAAGAGAGAGAAACGAAAACGAUCCGAUUCGAAUCAUCAGACUAAAUUCCAAUCGCCUUUUUUGUGCUUUCCACAGUCCGAAAAAUCGGGUCAAUUAACCCGCCCGAACCCGAUUCACGAUGCCGUCCCGCCGCAGAGCUCUCCUCAAGGUCAUCAUCCUCGGCGACAGCGGGGUGGGGAAGACCUCGUUGAUGAAUCAAUAUGUGAAUAAGAAGUUCAGCAAUCAAUACAAGGCAACUAUCGGGGCAGAUUUCCUGACAAAGGAAGUGCAGUUUGAGGAUAGACUUUUCACUUUGCAGAUAUGGGAUACUGCUGGACAAGAAAGAUUUCAAAGUCUUGGGGUUGCUUUUUACCGUGGUGCCGAUUGCUGUGUGCUUGUCUAUGAUGUCAAUGUGAUGAAAUCAUUUGACAACCUUAACAAUUGGAGGGAAGAGUUCCUAAUUCAGGCUAGUCCAUCAGAUCCUGAAAAUUUCCCAUUCGUUGUGAUUGGCAACAAGACUGAUGUGGACGGUGGAAAUAGUAGAGUGGUAUCUGAAAAAAAGGCUCGUGCAUGGUGUGCCUCGAAAGGGAAUAUUCCUUACUUUGAGACUUCUGCCAAGGAAGGCACAAACGUUGAAGAGGCGUUUCAGGUUAUCGCCAAGAAUGCCCUCAAGAGUGGAGAAGAAGAAGAAAUAUACCUGCCGGACACAAUCGAUGUUGGUAGCAGCAGUCAACAAAGGUCAACUGGAUGCGAAUGUUGAACAGAGAUUCAAAUAUUCUUCGGACGAAAAAAAAGAGAAAAGAAUUACUCAUGUGUUUUACUCUGGUGUUUGUAUUAUGGAGCGAAUUCGACUCUCGUUGGUUUUCUUGGUUAUUUUCGGUACAUACUAUAGUGUGUUGAUUUUACAUAGUUGCUUAUUCGGGGAAUGAUUUUCAGUAAAGCAUUGUUUAAUGGUUGCUAAAUUUUAUGUAAAACCAAUUCCCUUUUUUUUUUUCUGCAUUUUAUUGUAUUCAUUUACCAUCGUCUUGAGUAAAAAAAAUGUUCGUCCUCCAAACUUAGGGUCGUUUUGCACUUUGCCCCCUAAACAAAAAAAGAUUGUACUUUUUCGCCCCC